UUAUCGGCGUUUAUCGUUAUCACACUGCAGCUGUAAUGUGUAAAAAAAAAAUAUCCAGCAAUUAUUUAUAAAAAUAAAAGCAACGACGUGUAACAACGAAAUACGACGGCGACGAAAUGGCAACACGCGGCGGUCCAACGGUCGCGGGAACCGACGGCAACGACUUCGAGUUCAGGCAGCGCGUAGCUGGCACAUAUCAAAUUAGUUUGUUGAAUAAAUCACGAUUGAAGUACUGCAUUUUCUUCCAUGCCCUUCUCUUCUUCGUGAUGCUGGCCAAGCUGACAUCGGACAUAUUGGAUCGCCUGGACAUUUUCGUGCUGGAGAUUGAGGAACUAGAGGUGCCUCCGCCGCUUUGGUGGGAGUACGUGUGGGCCGGUUCGCUGCUCACCUCGUUCCUGGGCCUGUCUGCGGCACGUGGCAACAAGGUGCGUGAAAUGCAGAAAUACAUGAUCGCCAUUCUGGUGUUCGCCAUCCUGCCCUUACUCUAUUGCUUCGCCUACUACUUCUCGGACGUGUGGGAGUUUGCGACCAUGGACAAGUCCGUGGAGCUGGACGAGACGGACAUUUUCAUCUGGCGCGGCUAUCCCUAUGGAGUGUUCUGGUACGCCUUCUGCUUUGUGGGCUUCCAGGUCCACGGAUUCACGCUGUAUUUUGCCUUCAAUCUGGUCAAGGUCUGGAGGGCCCGAACUGCCACGCGCAAGUUCCAGUAAAGUCGAUGUCGAAGUCGAAGUCGAGUUGAGGUUGCGGAGAAAGUACUAAAUACUCGCCAAACCAAACCACUAAAGCGUCAAAGCGAAACGCUGUAGGGCUAGAUGUAAAUAAUUUGGAACUUAAACUAAUCUCUAGUGCACAAAGCGUACAGAAACUAAACUAAACGAAGAUAAUGCAGCUGUUAAGGUAUCGCACAUUUUAGUCUUACAGGAGAGCAGAGGAGAGGAGCACAUAUUUUCGAGGCCAAACGAGAAUAGAAUCACGUUAAAGUUAUUGUUAGUUGAGAGUUAAACCGUUCAAAGAUUAAAUAAAAAACAGACAUUAUCCAUAUACAACAUACACACUUCACACUAUAUACACCCUAAUCGAAUGUGUACACACGCAGCCUUGUGAAGUGAAGUCAACUGAAGACGACAAAGCAACUGAAGCCACCAAAAUUCCCCGAGUCGGAAGCAAAACCAAAAACUUAGACAACUUCAUUUUUGCUUACUUACAUUUCGACGUGCCUCGUGUUUGUUAGAAACGUUUUAUAUAUAUUUACACACAAUUAUAUAUAUAUACAGUAUAUACACGCAUAUAUAUCUAUGUUCAUGUCUAUGGAUGAGUACUUCGUCUUCGUGGAUAGGUCUUAGUUAGUCUUCUUUUUCUACGACUUUCAAAACCGUUUGUAAUUCAUUUCGCUAUUAUUUGUAACUGAUUUUGAGCACACAGCGUCAGCCUGUGUGUUGAGUGUCGAGAGGUUUGAGAAACUGCCCCAUAAUACUAGUUACUAUACACUGACAUGCAAAUGACAUAUGAAGCAAAGUUUAUCCAGUUCUGAUCGCCAAUAAUAUGAUAUGUGGUAACGUACUGUACUGUGUAACGUAACGUAGCGUAGCGUAACGAGAGACAGUCAAAUCAAAGAUAAAAAGAUUGAGAAUUUAAUUUUAAAGUCAAUUUUAAAGUGUUUUUUAAAUCGUAUCUUGUUCUCCGAAUUUUUAAGUAGUUUUUUAAAAAUUGAUCAAUAAAGAUACAUAUAUAUUUGUUCUUCUGAGUGGGUUAAAAAC